UCUUUCCUUUCCCAAUAUAUAAUUCACAUCCCACAAAUCUUAUUCACAUUCAUCGGAACGAACCCCACUCCUCUCUCUCUCUCUCUCUUUCUUCCCCUCUUCUCUUCUCUCUCUUUUUGCCCUAUCUACUAGGGUUCCGGAUGAUCGCUUCUCCGCUGCGCCUCUAAUGCGUUCAUCGUUCGACGCUCUACUAGCUGCUUGCACCGUCGUCUUGUUCGUGGAUCUGCUCCUUUUUGCUCUCGAUCGAGGGUUUUCGGGGCUCGAACGGCUAGGUUUCGUCCUACCUAGGGUUUUCCGUCCGCAAUCAUGCAGCAACUCGUCGGUUACAGUGGAGAGGGUAAUUUUUUCCCUGGGGCGUCAAUUUACCCAAAUCGUAAGGAAUCAAAUGCUUUUUUGUCCCGUGAUCGUCAUGUGGAUGUCUUUUUUCCUAGCAAGAGGUCUCGCAUCAGUGCACCGAUUGUGUUCAGUGAAGAAAAUUUUGAGGAGAAGCAGCCUGUCUCCAUUGAUGUGCUUCCUGAUGAAUGCCUCUUUGAGGUCUUCAGACGGCUCCCUGGAGGUGAAGAGAGAAGCACCUGUGCUUGUGUUUCCAAGCGCUGGCUUAUGCUUUUGAGCAGCAUAUGUAAUGAUGAGAUUUGCAGCAAGAAAGCCACUCAAUCCUUGAAGACUGAUGCAAAAACAAAUUCCAGUGAUAAAGAUGAGCCACUGGCAAGUGUAAAAAGUGAUGAUGGUGCUGGUUCUGAUGGUGAUAUAGUUGAAGGUGAAGGAGAAGAUCAAGAGAUAGAGAAUUGUGGAUACCUUUCCAGAUGUCUGGAGGGGAAGAAAGCUACAGAUGUAGGACUUGCAGCUAUGGCUAUUGGAACUGGUUCCUGUGGCGGGUUGGGCAAGCUUUCUGUUCGAGGAACCAGUUCUGCAUGUGGAUUAACUGACCUUGGUCUCAGGGCAAUUGCGCGUUGCUGCCCUUCACUAAGGGUUCUUUCUCUGUGGAAUGUAUCAUCCAUUGGUGAUGAAGGCUUAUGUGAGAUUGCUAAAGGCUGUCAUCUCUUAGAGAAGCUUGAUCUUUGCCACUGCCCAGGAAUUUCAGACAAGGCUUUACUGGCAGUUGCAAAGAAUUGCCCUAAUCUGACCACUCUAACAAUUGAGUCUUGUUCCAAAAUUGGGAAUGGAAGCCUGCAAGCUGUUGGUAGUUGCUGCCGCAAUUUGAAGACUAUUUCAAUAAAAAACUGCCCGCUUGUUGGAGAUCAAGGAAUUGCUGGUCUCUUGUCAUCAGCUGGUCCAUGGCUGACAAAUUUGAAGCUUCAGGUUUUGAACAUCAGUGAUAUGUCUCUUGCCGUUAUUGGACAUUAUGGCAAGGCAAUUACUGAUCUAGUCUUUAAUGGCCUCCAAAAUGUGACUGAGAGGGGCUUCUGGGUUAUGGGUAAUGCUCAGGGUUUGCAGAAGUUGAGGUCCCUUACUGUUUCCUCCUGUGGAGGAGUUACUGACUUGGGGCUUGAGGCUGUGGGUAAAUGCUGUCCAAAUCUAAAGCAGGUUUGCCUUCGUAGAUGUGCUUUCUUGUCAGACAAUGGGUUGGCAUCUUUUUCUAGAGCUGCUAUGUCUCUUGAGAGCCUGCAGUUGGAGGAAUGCCACAGGAUUACUCAGUCAGGGUUUUUUGGUGUUCUUUUGAACUGUGUUGGAAAAUUGAAGACUCUUUCUCUGGCAAACUGUUUGGGAUUUAAGGACUUUGCUUGUGGAUUUCCUCCAAUGUCAUCUUGCACAUCCCUGCGAUCCUUAUCCAUUUGUAACUGCCCUGGAUUUGGCAAUGUUAGCAUGGCAAUGUUGGGCAGGUUGUGCCCGCAACUGGAGCGGAUUCAACUGAAUGAACUUCAUGGGAUAUCAGAUGAGGGGCUUCUCCCUCUCCUUGAAGGAAACGAGGCCGGUUUAUUGAAAGUUAACCUCAGUGGCUGUAUAAAUUUGACAGACAAGGUGGUUUCUGUCAUUGCCAAAUUGCAUGGACUCACUCUUGAACAGCUGAAUCUUGAUGGAUGCAAGUAUAUUACCGAUGCCAGCUUGGUGGCGAUUGCCAAUAGUUGCCUCUUUCUAAGUGAACUUGACAUUUCUAAGUGUGCAAUUACUGAUUCUGGCAUAGCAGCCUUGGCUGGUGCAGUUCAGCUCAAUUUGCAGAUACUUUCUGUGUCAGGUUGCUCUUACAUAUCAAAGAAGAGCUUGCCUGCCUUGGCCAAUUUGGGCAGGACUCUUGUGGGGCUGAACAUCCAGCACUGCGCUGCAAUAAGCAGCAGCAUGGUUGAUGUGCUCGUGGAGAGACUCUGGCGAUGCGAUAUCCUUUCAUAAGCGCCGGGAUUGAAACAUCAAAAGCCGCAUUCUGAAUAAGGAUGGUAGAUGCAAGCAAAAGAGGUUGGACAUAAGUAGGUAAUACCAGUCUAGUUCAACUUUGUGUUUAGCAGCAAGUUUAGUUUUUGGGUCCAUCGGUAAUGGGUCUUAAUGUUGUCCAGCGACCCGGUUCCUUUUUCCGGGGGAAAUAUGGCCUAGUACUCUUAUUUUGCAGCUUACCCUAGCUGUUGGAAGAAUUUUGGCAUCCCCUGAACAACGGGAUGCUGCUUUCUUCAUGGUCAUACUUCUCCGAGAAUACCGCGUCAGGUUCUGGCUUUUUCUAGCUCUCUGGCUUUCUUUUCGUUUCUCCUUUUGUCAACCUGUUGGUCCGUCAGUGUUUUAGCAUAAUAGCCAAUGCAUCAAUUACUGUGUGGUGCAUAGGCUGUGGCUUUUAUCAAUAUAUAUAUAUAUAUAUGUAUCAUCAACUCUAGGUGUCUUCCGUGAGGUCGUGUAGGGUUGGUUGGUUACUUAGUGUGGUCUAUGGUUGCUAUUGGCAGUUCAAAGAGAGUGCGUGUGGCCUUGUGUUGUUCUCCUGGGGCUUUGGCCAUGGCGGCAGGUUCUAUUUAGUCCCUGCCGUGACAACCCUUGGGGGUUGUCUUUUUUUACCAAGGCCCUAGUUUUGCAGGCUUCACAUGCGCUCUUUUGAGCUGUUCUACUCUGCAACCUGCGUGUGUCGAGCCAUUAUGCUCUUUUAUGUAAUGUCGUUGAAUAAAAGGAUGCUUCCUUCGUUAGUAGUUUUUAUA